UCAAAACAUGUCCUGAAAAAUUAUCUUCUUUCAUGUCACGUGAUUUCUUCUCAAGUGAUUUGCACACUCACGUGGACAUAGUAAUUCACAUGACCGGAAAAGAUAUAGCAAAUUCCAUGGAAUACAAAUCUUGGAUGACAACGUUUGACCCAGAAACGAAACAUCUUAUGAUGAAUGAGCACGUGAUUGAAAGACCAGCUUUCACCGUCUUUGAUGAAGUUUAUGAUAGGUUAAAUAAACUUCACGUGAACAUUUUCCCGCCGCUGUACUAUUCAUUGUUUAUGGAUGAAAUUCACUCUGGUUUUAAAGAUUUUCCUGAGGGUUCUGUCCAUUUUGCUGCUCCGACUUUGAGGUAUAAUUUUCGGCCAAUAGCCUUUGAAGGCUUUGAACAAAACUUGGUGGCUGUAAAAGCUGUAAAUGAAAAAGAAUCGUCGGCAAAUGGAAGUCGUUCAAAUGUGUUCGCAAGCUCUACGUUGAGCAACGAUUUUCAGGUUGUUUUCCUUGGAACUGGUUCACGUAUUUCAUCAAAUCUUCGCAACACUAGCGGGAUUUUGUUGAAUUUGAGUGAUGAAACGUCCAUUUUAAUGGACUGUGGCGAAGGGACGUUAAGACAGAUGUUUUAUCAUUACGGAGACGAUGUGAACACGAUGCUAAAGCGAAUCCGUACCGUGUUUGUCUCCCAUAUGCAUAUUGACCACCAUUUGGGUCUUGUCAAUAUUUUACGACAUCGUAAGAAGAUUAUGGGUGAUUCAAGUUUCGUAAGAAUCAUUGGUCCAGAAACUUUGGAUUUAUACUUAAGAUAUUUCCAAAUGCUGUGUGGUGAAACUUUCAACUUCAGGUUCACUCAGUUUUGGUGGGUGAAAAGAGGAUUAGGGAAGAAAGAAGGCAAACAAUUUAGUCGCUCUUUGGGAUUUUCUUCUAUUUCUGUUGUCCCUACGAAACACAGUGAUUACUCUCAUGGUUUGGUACUUGAACGCAAUGGAUGGAAGAUCGCUUAUUCUGCUGACACAAGACCUUGUAAACAGUUAAUGGAUGCCGGUGAAAAUGCGACAUUACUCAUUCACGAGGCUACAUUCGAUGAUAAACUGCUUUACAGAGCGAAAGAAACUGCCCAUUGUACCGUAUCUGAAGCAAUCAAAUGUAGUGAACUGAUGAAAGCCGAGUACACGAUUUUAACACACAUCAGCAAUCGACAUAUUUUCCCCUGUAAAUCUUCAAGACUGCCUCAUCACGUGAGCUUUGCUUUUGAUCACAUGACGGUUGAGCAAAAAGAUCUUAGAAAUAUUCGUGGAAUAAUGGCAAAUGUUGAGAGAAGCGUUGUAUACCAAUGGAAGAGAAAAAGAAAACAGAAGCAAGCUGUUAAAUCAAAAGACUCUCCCAUUAUGGUGAAUUCUUAGACUGGCGUAGCUACUUAACCGAACGAAUGAAUUCUUUGCAUUCAAACUUACAGGCUUGCAAGUAAUUUUUGAAUUGAAAUUACCUAACAUUUAGUUUUAUAUAGCUAAUCAUGGCACUCCAGAAAACUUUUUUACAUUGUCUGGACUCAGGGUGUCUCAAAGGGGGUAAUUUUUAUACUUUCUAUUGACAGAUAGAUAGGCCGACCCCGACAACUGAAGCAGAUUUUUGCGUGGGGUUUACGAAAAGCAUGAACGAAACAUUAACACUAUACUUACAAAAUUACGAGAAAGGAAUUUAAGAGUUAUCGAAACACUCGGCAAGUUUGAGAAAACGAGAAA